AUGUCGGAUGUGUUGGAUUUGUUUUGGGGAAGUGAUGAGUUGGAUGCUGCCACAACAGCAACACCAGUAACAACAACCACACCUCAGCAAGAAGGCAAACCUCAGCAUCAAUUAGUAUCAUCAGCGAGGUCGGAACCAAUUGGUACAAGCUUGAUAUCCAAUCAAACGGAAAGUAGUAAAAAGAAGUUAACCGCUUCGGAAGAGGAUGGUUCUAGACCAUCAUUACAAAAUGGAAAUUCAAGAAAUUUAAAAAAGGGUUCGUUAUCGGAGUUGGUUACCUCUAGUAAUGUAGAUAAUGGAAUUAAAACUAGAAAUGUACCAAUGAAAAAGAUUAAUCAUACUUCACAACAACAAGACGGACCUAAAUUAUUAUUUUCAAAAGAUGACAUUUCGGAGAGUGAAGAAGAAUCAUCGGAAAGUGAAGAAGAUGAAAUAAUUGGAAAUUUUGUGCAAAAACUAUCAACAGAAAUUUAA